UGCGUAAGCAAGAGAUCAUUAAGAUAACAGAGCAGCUGAUAGAAGCCAUCAACAACGGAGACUUUGAGGCUUAUACAAAAAUCUGUGAUCCUGGCUUGACCUCAUUCGAACCUGAAGCACUGGGGAACCUGGUUGAAGGAAUGGAUUUCCAUAAGUUUUACUUCGAGAACUUACUGUCAAAGAACAGCAAGCCAAUACACACCACCAUCCUGAACCCCCACGUCCAUGUCAUUGGCGAAGAUGCUGCCUGCAUCGCAUACAUCCGCCUGACACAGUACAUCGAUGGCCAAGGCCGGCCCCGCACCACGCAGUCUGAAGAGACCCGCGUCUGGCACCGCCGAGAUGGCAAGUGGCUGAAUGUCCACUACCACUGCUCUGGAGCUCCUGCAGCACCUCUCCAGUGAGGAUCAAAUACGGCAACAUGUGGAGAUACUCAGCUGGAGGGCAAUAUCUCCUUAGCAAGCAGCUCUGGAGUGCCUGAGUGACAGCAACGGUCAUGUCUGUUUUGACGUUAAAAAAAAUAAAUACAAAUUACAAACAGGCAGCAGCCAAAUGCAUGAAACCCUGCAUGCAUCUGAUGCUCCGGGCGCUGCCUUUCUGUUGUUUUCCAUGGAUCCAUCGUGUCUGUUUCUGCUGUACGAAGGUGUUUUUAAAUCUAAAAAAAAAAAAGACAUGUUGUUUGUAUAAAAUAAUAAAAAACAGGAAUAAUGCUAAAUAAAUGACAGAUUAUCCAACAUGCCCCCUCCCCCAGGGCUAAGAAAAUGGCAGCAGCUGGAACAUCUUUCAGAAAUGAAGUGAGGGGGAAAGCAAAAGUGAAGGAGAGAGAAAGAGAGAGAGAGAGCAAAAAAGGAAGCGGCUUGAGCAGCGGAUGGUUGAACUGUGCUCCGCAAAGCCCUGGUGGAAGUUAACAUUACAUUCAGGCUGUGCUGUGACUUCAGUCGGUGAGAAGUGGCAAGGAGAUCCCAGAGGAGCCAGUGUGAAGACUGGGGUUCAAGAGAGAAGGAGGUGCUUCUCUUCCUGUUGCCUGGCAGACUGACUUCAGCCUGUUUCUUCUUCGAUUUCUGCACAGCAAGAACGCUAUGGAAAGCUGGUUGCUUGGCUGCUGGAUCCUAAAACAGACUU